ACAUCAUGCUGCUAUUGAGAGCACUUUGCAGAGGAGAGAUUGUAAGAUGAAAUCACUGAGAAAGUGGGCUCCUCUCUGUGUGUUGUUGGCGCUGCUGCUCAUGUUGUAUCAUGACCCAUAUCUGAUUCUCUGGUGGCCUCAGCAACCUGCCGAGAAAACCAAGACUUUACCUCUGGAUAUGGCAACAGAUUCUAUUGACGACAUGUCACCGCACGGCUGCCGAUCUGAAGCGGCCUCCCUGGUCAACCUGUUCCACUCGUUUGAGCGAGACUCCAACAGUAAGUUCAGUGUUGCCAGGGCCUCAGCUGAAAGACAUGCAGAGAAACCUGCGCACGAGGGCCUGAAGAAAGACCACGCGCUCACCCUGUACAUGUACACGGAAGGGAAACACAUACAGCAGGACUUCAACACACCUGUGAGAACAGAGAAACUGAAGUACAGCACGCAUGGAUUCAAGUACCAAUACUUCUACUUUUACCUGACUGACGCCAUCCAAGUGCUGCAUCACAAUCAAACAUUGUGCAGAAGCGCCUUUCACAGGACAUGGAAGCAGUUCAACCAUGAUGUCAUCAACACGAACAUGCGUUUUGGUGCUUUCACUUUGGCAGCUUCAGCGAAGUCAUUUGGUGCUAAUGGCAACGUGUCUUGUUUUGAGAUCUUUACAUGCUUCAGUGCUGAUGUGACAUAUUACUCAGAGAUCAAGCUCACCGACAUCCUGACGGAUGACCCGAGGUGCACCGUCGUCUACAAGCUCCUCAGCACCAAAACGCCAAGGAGAGAGCUCAACUGCAAACUUAAUCAAAGACAACAGAGACAUAUUUUGAUUCAACACACUGGUACACAAGCAGAGCUGCAAUGAUGUUAGCGUGUGUAAUACUGAUGGUUAUUAUUUCUUCAGGCCUUAUGAAAUGCAGGCACAAGAGUUUUGUGGUUGCAGCGCUCUGCUGGAGCUGAUGGUUAUCACAGGGACGCUGAGAAUAGUCAGUGAAACAAUGUCAGUGCUGAUGUGAGACGUUCCCCAAAAAAUCCCACAAAGCAAUAAUACUGCCAGUUUAUUAUUUUAAUUAUUAUUAAUGAUAAGAGUAAUAUUAAUAAGAACUGUUUCAAUCUCUUUGAAGAGUGUUUUUAGUUGAGUCAAGUCGAGUCAAAAGCUCAUUUAAAACAACCAGACUUCCAGAGCUGGAGAAUGAAUAAAAACAAAGAGAAGAAAAAGUAGAAUACAAAAAAUAAAGUAGAACAGAUAAGAUUGUUUAUUUUUAAAAAUAAGGAACUGAAAGUGCAGUUUUAAUACAUACAUUAUAUGAACCAGGGUUUUUUUCUGUAUAUGUGACAUAUAAAGAUAUUUUCGUAUAUUCAGGGAUGCAGAAAGGCUUGUUAAAGGUUACAUAUCCAUCUGUAGAGAAAUGAUCCUGUGACCUCUCUUGUGCUGUCUGGCCA